UCUUCUCCUCUACAAAUCUCUCGAUCUCCAUACCGUAACCUCCCCUUCUAUCUGUUAUAUCUAACCACCCUCAACGCACACUUUUCCAUUUCUCAUCAAACUCCAACAAAUUCAAGGAUGUUAAGGCCAUCGAUUUUCUUGUUUCAACUACGUGUUUUCUUGUGACCCAACGAUUCUAUCUGUAAAUGGUGAAAUUAGGAAUUUAGGGUUUUGUUACGAAAUUGAAGGGAAGAUACGAGGAGUUAAUUUGAUCUUGAAUGGGGAAUAAACUGGGUAGGAGGCGACAGCUAGUGGACGACAAGUAUACAAGGCCUCAAGGGUUAUAUCAACACAAAGACGUAGAUCACAAGAAGCUUCGUAAGCUUAUACUCGAUUCCAAGCUCGCUCCUUGCUAUCCUGGAGACGAUGACUGCAGUUGCGAUCUUGAAGAAUGCCCAAUUUGCUUCUUGUAUUAUCCAAGUCUAAAUAGAUCAAGAUGUUGCACCAAAGGCAUUUGUACCGAGUGUUUCCUGCAGAUGAAGACCCCCAAUUCUACUCGUCCCACGCAGUAUCCUUGUUGGUGUGUCCCUUUUGUAAAACAUUGAAUUACGCUGUGGAGUAUAGAGGCAUGAAGACGAAAGAGGAAAAGGGGCAGGAGCAAAUCGAAGAACAAAGGGUGAUAGAAGCAAAAAUAAGAAUGAGACAGCAAGAAAUUCAAGAUGAAGAGGAAAGAAUGCUAAAAAGGCAAGAUAUGAGCUCUUCUAGCAGGAUAAUUGAACCAAGUGAGGCUGAGUAUUUCUCCAGAGCAGUGACAUCUUCUUCUGAAGGUGAGGAAAUUGUUUCCGUUCCACAGCAGGGUGCCACAACAGUUAGACAUCCUCAACGCUUGAGGGAGAAUAGAGAGGAUGAGUUUGAUCUUGAUCCAGAGAACAUAAUGCUUAUGGAAGCCAUCUGGUUAUCAUAUCAGGAGGAUGGGAAGCACCAACACCAUAGCUCUAAUUAUGGUGAUGCUGCCCAAUUAGCAAAAUACGCAACAGAAGUUCGUGUUUUGGCAUCCAUGGCCCCACAGGCUGCAGAAUCGUCAUCUUCAACCUCAUCACCUUCUGGUGGUCUUGCAUGUGCUAUCGCCGCCCUUGCUGAACGCCAGCAAAUGGGAGGAGAAUCGUCCACUAAUUACAACAGUUACGGUGGGAAUAUAUCAACAUACAACGUGCAGCAUCCAACAGGGUUAUCACUUGAUAACCAUCUGGGAAUAAGAUCAGAGGGAGAAUGGGUGCAAGAUUCUUCAGCGAUGGGUGAAAAUGCAUAUGGGUAUGAUAAUUCGAACGCAAUAGAUGAUGAUGGAAGCAGAUACGGGCAACAAGAUGAUGAGGAGGAGAUGGAGAAUGGUUUCGGAGGAACCAUAGUUGUUCCUGAGAGCUUUGAAGAGCAGAUGAUGCUAGCCAUGGCUGUGUCGCUGGCAGAGGCUCGAGCUAGGACUAGUACACCAGAGGUUGCAUGGAUUUAAUGUGUGUUUUAUACGGUAUGUAAAACAGAAAAAGAUAAAAAGUGUAGAUGAUGUUCUUUGAAUCAACAGACAGACAUAUAGCUCUCCUCCUGAUAUUUCAGAGUCUGUAUGAUUGUUGUUGAUGGGAGAUUUGGGUUUGAAAAGUAAAGUUAAUCAUCAUCUUUUGCCAUAAA